AUGAACUCAACCACCAUUGUCACGCAGGGACCUUCUCCUGACGAGAACUACGGUCUCGAUGCUGUAGCCAAGCAUAACGCUCAGACAACUACGGAGCAGUUCCCAGCAUACCACGAAGAUGCUCGCGGCCUGGGAAUUUACCAGGAUGACUAUGGCUCAGCCUACCAAGAAGACCAGUCUUACACCCGUAACCCACCAACGCCUCGCUCAAAUACAGCUAGCGAGGGCGUCCGCACCAGGAGUGGUCGUUCCACUCGUGGUCGGACGGAUUCUCCCUUCAGCACAACCAAAUCCAGAAUAUCAAAGUCGCCCGCACCCAAGCCCAAAAGGGAGAAGAAGAGUAAGCUUGAUCGCAGCAAGACACCUAAGCUCACGGCACCACUUUCCGUGUUGACAAAGGAUUCGACUGUGCCGACGAAAGAUAUUGAGGCCUAUGUCAAUCGUUCAACAGAGGAACGGUUGCAGAAACUCGACGGCAAAAAGAUACCUCGUCCGAUGAACUCCUUCAUGCUCUAUCGCUCUUGCUAUGCAGACCGUCUGAAGGAGUGGUCUGCCCAGAACAAUCAUCAAGUUGUAUCUGCAGUCGCUGGAGAAAGCUGGCCGAUGGAGUCGGAUGAGGUCCGUCAGCGGUUCGAUGACUGGUCCAAGCUAGAGCGCGCAAACCACCAGUUGGCAUUUCCAGCAUACAAGUUCUCACCAAGCAAAGCCGCCAACAAGAAACGCAAAGGGGAAUUCUCGGAUGAUGAGGGCGAGUCUCUCGACCUCGACAACGAUCCAGAUGGCGAGUACCGAGGCGGUCGUAAUGUGCGUCAGCGGAGACAGGAGCACAGGGAGCACAGGGAGCACACAUAUUUGCCCAACACUGUCGGCUUCGAGUCUCAUCCAUACUAUGGUCAGCAUCUCAGCGGCUACGAGCAGUCACAAUACCAAUAUGCCAAUCCCGGUCGACCUCUACCCUCCAAUGUGGCAUAUGAUAGUGGCGGCAUGCCAUACAAUCCCCAGACCGGCGCCUACCUCCAGAGCAGCCUACAACAACAGCAGCAGCAGCAGCAGCAGCAAUACCAAUACAUGCAAGAGAUGCAGGGAGCUCGGGUGCCGACCCCGGCUUCACUGAACGGUCAGCAGUCGUUGGGUGGGUUCGGACUGCCAGGCGGACAGGCGGACGAUAUCUUCUCCAAUUCGCGCACCAGCACGCCCAUGCAGCACUAUCAGCAGUCGUAUGACCAGGGAGUCUAUCCUCAAUAUCAGCAGCACUACCAGACAGGUACUUAUCAGCAAGUUCCGAUGGCGCCGACUCCUCCACAGGCAGGAAGGCAGCUGUAUGAGCAUCAGCAGUAUCUUCAGCAGGCAUCACAACCGCAGACAGCCAUUGACCCAAGCCUCGAAGCGGCAAUGGAGGCUGCUGCAGCGUCCAGCGUACACGGCGUGAGUUUGGAGAACCAUUUUGACGAUGCCAUUGGCGACAUGACUGGUGGGGGAGUUGGUGGGAUGCCAGAGUAUUACGAGCAGUCGAACAGCCCGGCUGAUGUCAACGCGACUCUGGCGCCGACGUGGUCUCCGGACCUCAAGAUAUGA